GCCGAGAGACCUACCAGACUACCUCCCUCGCACGCCUUCCCAUGCCCACACUAUCGCUCGACGCCAGUGCUUUGGAAGGAUCAGUAAACGGAAACUUGUAAAGUUUCGCCGCUGCUUACCCUUAACUUCGCUCUGCUCCAGCCGCUACUUCGGUGCUCUAUCGUGGAUACAGUUCUAUGUGCUGAUAAAACAGCCCUUUGCGGCUGCCGCUUUCUGCCGUUGCAUCGGGGGGAACUUUUGUCUAGUUCCCUUUCGAAUUUUAUUUAAUUCCUUGCCAGUGAUCUCUUUCGAACGAACUUUUUUCCGAAUUAGAAGAAAAAAAAAUUAAGGAAGAUACCCCUUUCUCUCUUAGAAGGGGUGAAAAAAAAACACUUUUCAAACUGUUCGACGUUUUAUUUCCUGACAGGGAACUCUCCCCCAAACGUCAAAAUCAAACGUAGUUAGUGAACUUUUUAUUCGAGCUUCUUCGUGUCACUUGUCUUUACUAAGAACUUAGACAACGGGGGAGAAGUUAGCAAAACUUUCAAAAGUGAGUAGAUUUAGUGCGUGCUUUCAAUGCAACACUAAUUCUUCAAAUAAAAUUUUGCAUAGGUAAGAAGUGUUUUGCAGGUUCGUAAAAGAAAUUCUGUAUUUAGUUACCCCUGCCAACAAGUGCCCUUUUCCUUCCUCCAGCGGAACACUAUUUGCUGGGCACACAACUGACCGUCCAAGUGUCGGACAUAGUAAUAUUUUUCUUUGAAACUCCGUGUCCACACCAACCGCCAUUGUGGAGUGCUGGUGCGUAGGUAGCAUGGCUAUUGUGAACAACGUGAAGGACUCGAGAUGGCUUCAACUGGAGGUGUGCCGCGAGUACCAAAGAAACAAGUGCUCGCGGCCAGACACCGAAUGCAAGUUUGCCCAUCCUCCAGCCCACGUUGAGGUUCAAAAUGGAAGAGUCAUCGCAUGCUACGACUCAAUAAAGGGUCGUUGCAAUCGGGAGAAGCCACCAUGCAAGUACUUCCAUCCUCCUCAACAUUUAAAGGACCAACUAUUGAUCAAUGGAAGGAACCAUUUGGCACUAAAAAAUGCCAUAAUGCAGCAAUUGCCAUUACAGCCAUUGCUGCAGCCACCGACCGCACAACUCACUCCUGCUGUCGUGAGUAUCAUGAAUGCGUCGACUUCACCUUACAUGCCGGCUAUCGCAGGUCACACGGCUUCGUCUUUCAGUCCAUACUUAAGCCCUAGCCCAAUGAUCCCUGCUGGAAUGGUGCCCGCAGAUGCUUUGGCCGCCCCACCUCCACCGCCCCAACUUACUUCUAUUGUGCACACACCUAUUGUCACACAGAAGGCGCCUCGAACUGACAGAUUAGAAGUAUGCAGGGAAUACCAGCGGGGCAACUGCAAACGUCCCGAAACCGAGUGCCGGUUCGCCCACCCUCCUGACCAUGUCACAGUGGACAGUGCGGAGGGAAUGGUCACUGUAUGCAUGGAUUUUGUGAAAGGUCGAUGCUCGAGGGACAUGUGCCGAUAUUUCCAUCCGACGCCCCACCUCCAGGCGCAGCUAAAGGCCGCCCAGAGCCGAGCGAAUGCCGCCUCUACGCAAGCUGCUAUGCCCAAUGCUGAUGCUAAGAAGAGGCUUCACGAUUCUUCUACACAGAUUCUACAGCAACGCCCAUCAAACGCAACAGACAACAUGCUUCUGUGCAAUAUGAUGUAUCAAAACUCUUUGGGCGGAAAUCAAUAUUUUGCUUUCCCUGGCGUAUCACCUUACAGUAAAAGACCAGCAAUGGACAAAAGUGGUUUACCAGUGUACCAGCCAAGUACUGCAGCUUACCAACAAGCACUUGCAAUGCAAGUGCAACAACCAUUUGUUCCCGUGUCUUAUACAUGUCUCCCUUCAGCAGUAACUGGCCAUCCAACUGCUGUUCCAAGAUUCUAAAGUAGGCCUGAUAUGAAGACCUCACUGUAGAGUAUUACAUCUCUUUUCAAAAACAUGAUGAAGUUUUUGAUGCUAAAGUGAGGUCCCCUAAGAAGCAAAGAGUAAAAAUCAGUCAGCACUCAAAAUCCAAGUAAAAGAAGCUUUUCAAAACGGGAGAGCGUUUCCAUCUCCAGGAUUUCUUUACUGGGGUGAGAUUGAAAAAUAAAAACAAGUGCCCUAAAUCAAGGCUAUAGAAUAUGAAAUCUCACUUCAGAUAGUCUGUGAUAUGGAGACAGCACUUUCAGGGCUCCCUCGUACUUCACACAGAUACUACGACUCUCCCCUUUAAUACUGAAUGGACAUCUAGUCAGGUUGGCAAAUGAGAAUAGAUCUGAACUAAUGAAGUGUCUGAUUCCCUUAUCUCCCUCUUAAUCUUUCUCUUUUUACCUAUUUACAUAUGUAAAAAGUUUAGAAAGAAAAUUUCCUGAGGAUAGAAAUGUUAUCUUGAGAAUCUUGGAAGCAUCUGAUGGUUUUUACUCAGUAUCUUAGGACAGUUAUGAAGGCCUCAAGAAAAUUAAGAUAUCCUUGGCCAGAGGAAUAGUUAUGAUAUUGUAUUUUUUUUACUAUUAACAUGUCUGUUUUUUUCUCAGAUAUAUAUUGUUAUGUUUACGAAUUUCAUUUUCUUGAUGUUUAUAUCUCCAAAUUAUUUCUCACUGCAUGAAUAUUGGAAAUGUGUGAAUUUGUUAGUGAUUAAUUUUAAUAUUACAAUAUACUUUACCUAUCUUGAGCAUUUAGUUGCAUUACUUUUGGUUGUUAAAAUAUAGUAUCUGAAUUAAUUCAUCAAUCAUGACCAUGUAAAAUGAAUGAAAUCAUUUUGUAGUAUCAUUGUUCAAUGAUAUAAAACUCAUUAUUUAUUAAAUUGUUCGACUUAUUUCAAAAUCAUCAUCAUGAACAACGAAUUAUUUUGUAAUUGUUGAUGCAAACUUGAACUAAUUAUGAGGCAUUUUCUUUAUUUUUACUCUAAAAUUAAUAAUUGGCAUAUCUCUCAAUAAUUCUAUCUCGAUGCCAAUGAUAUCUUUAUUUUUAUUCUUAACAGAGUCAAGAGGCUACUAUGGUCCGGGGCCAAAAGUAUCCGGAAAGGGUUAGAAUUUUCUUUCUUUUUGUCGAUAUUCUUUGUCGUUGUUUUUAAUCAAUUGACCAUUUAGUUUAAGUUAGAAAUAUAUAUGCAACGAGAUUAUGGAGAGAAAUUAUUCAUUUGUUAACUAGUGAUGCCGUUUGUUGACUUUAAUGAAUUCUAACAAGAGUAAAAGUCUUUUUCUCUUGUUAGGGAGUGAAAGUUAUGGUUUCUUGAAAGAUGAUAUUUUUAAUAACAAUUGUUUAUAUGUCACAUUGUUUUAUUACUUGCAUAUCUUUGUAUGUGUUAGUAACUUAAUGUGAAACUGUUGCAAAUGUUUUCUGUGGAUUAUAGAUAAAUGAGAACACAAGAAUUUUAUAUACUGAAAAUACUAAAGUAUUUAAAUACUAGUGGCUCCAAUGCCACUUGUUUCCGGUGAUACAGUUGCAAUGAUUUCAGUUUAAUAAAAUAAUCUUAUAGCUCCAAAGAGCUUUAACACUUGCAACUCAGGCUAUACAGAAAACAAAGUACUUUGUGAAUAACAAUACUGUGUUAUCUUUUUUAUUGGUAGUUUUCAAUCAAAGAAAAUCUAGAGUUUGUAUUUGUAGACAGUUGCAUGUUUUGUAACAAGUAUUUUAGUAUGCUCCAAUUCAAAAAUUGUAUUACUUGACGUAAGUCGUAAUAAAUGUAAACUUUAUAUUUAUUGAAUAUAAAACUAUAAUGAAUCUUUUAUUAAUGUUAUUUACUGACUAAUACAAUGUUAAAAUAUUUCUAUGUACUAAUUAUAUAAAUACUGCACAGCUCAUGUAUCUUCUUGAAAUGAAUAACUUUUUUCAUCUCUAAAUUUCUUUAUAGAAACAAUUUAUUCUGGAAUACUUAGAUGACAAAUAUUGAUCACUAUUAAUUAAAAUUAACUAUACACGCACUGAUUUUGGUAGAGAUAUGUGUAAAAUUAUAAUAACUCAACAUUUUGUAUUAUAACUGUUCGUAUGAGCUUUAAAAUGAUAUUGAAAAAAUAAAAACUUUUUUUUGUAUUAGCACCAGAUCAUUCCUUGGUCAAAUGUUAAUAUAUCAUAAAUACUAUGUUAAUGUUCAGAAAAUGAUUUUUUUUAUUAAAGUAUAUAGUUUAAAAGCAGUACAUAUUGUUUGCAUGAGUUGUAGUUCUGAUUUUAGAUUAGUCAUCUAUAUAGCUUAAUGUAUGUCUCAUUUUUUGUGAUAUUGAAUUACAUAAGUAGCUUAUACAGUGUGGUAUAACUUUGUAACUAGAACACAGCAAAUUUAAGCCCAAGAUCUAUGUGCUCCGACAAGGUUUCAAUAUUUUUAUUUCAUAUGUAAAUAGAAACAUGUUGAAAAAAAAUUAUUACCAUACAAUUUUAAUUCCUGAACUGUAUUAAAAAGUUGCACAUAUUUGAAUGAAAAGCAUGCGGUUUUGUCCAUUUUUUAUUUUAACAAUGUUUGUUGCUAACUAUUAAAAAAGUAUUCAAUUUAUUAUUUAAAAAAAAUGAAAAUCAAAAUUAAGUCUUUCUGCCUUAUGGCUAAAGAGUUUAUGCAUCUCUACAUUCUUUAAAAUGGCCCCUUGUUGUUUGUUAAAAAAAAUAAUAUUUUUAAAACAGUUUUUAUCUACUUUCAACUUUUGAGGUCUUAAAUUUUUUUCAGUGAGCUAGAAUAAUACCACUGUAAUAAUGUUAAAAUCAUUUAAUAACUCUAACCUGCCAUAGGUAGUCUUAUGUUUUUCAGUGAAAUAUUUUUUAAACAAUUCGGAAACUCUAGGUGACAAAUUAGUUUUUGUAUCAUUUUCUGCAGCCUGUGAUGAAUAUCUAGUUCCUUUCUUAAUUUUAAUACACAUUUUCUUGUGUAUUUAACAUAUAAUUAUGCAAAGGAACAAAAAUCUAUAACUAAUAUGUUGUUUUGUUUACUUUUUAUUAAAAACUAGUAUUUUGUGUAAUAAUAAUUCCAAAAUAUUUACAUUUGUGUAAUUUUUUUCAUAUAUAAAAUAAAACAUUGUAUUAAAUGUGUUUCUUGCAUGUUAUUUGCUGUGUUUCAUAUCAUAUGCCAUAAAUGUGUUCUACACAUUAUUGUGAGUGUUUACAUCUCUAUACGUGAAUUUGUUGCAUUGAAUUACGAUAGACAAGAGAACACAAUGGCAAUGUUGCUAUGAGACACUUAAAGCCAUGUUUAUGAUUUUUUAAUAAGUUGGAAACUUGAAUCUACCUUCCACUGUACGAACUAAACUUGUGGAUAUAGUGUUCUUGAUCGUAAAUUUAGAAUAAACGCAUGUCUUAGUAGAAUGUAGAAAAAAGGUGUACAGCACUUGAAAAUGUACACAGUUUAUACUGUUAUCAUAUAUAUGUGUAUAUAUAAAGUGAUUAUAUACAUAUAUUAUACAUGUAAAAUGUGCCAGUCAUAAGUUACACAGUGUGAUAGGGACUUUAUGUCCUAUGAGCGUUAUGACCUGGGCUAUCUUAAGCCCCAUAUAACUAGCAGAUGAAAAUGAACUUCUUUUGUAUUUUUCAAAAAUAAUUAUAAAAGCAAAGUUUUAAAAAUUAUGUUUGUUAAUCAAUGCACUUUUAUCUAUGAAAAUAUAAUAUUCUACAUAGUUUGCUGAAACAAUUUUUGAGAAUAUAUAUAACUUUUUGACCUGUUUCUCCUAAAACUCUCUUAAAACCUGCCUUUGCUUCAAAAGAAGGAAAAACUAAUUAACCUCAGCUAAAUUGUUUCUUGCGCCUGCUUCUUUUCAUAACUAAAAAUUGUUAAUAUUUUUUACUGCGCAAUUAAAAUUAGAUCGCCAAACUGAAUAGCAUUUCUACAUUCAAAACAGAUGCAUUGAGCUGCAAGCUUAUUAAUAGAACAAUUGAAGUUUUUUUUCUUGCUUCUGUCUUUUCUAUUCCUUUUAUUAUAGCUAAUUAUUGUCUAUAUAUACUGUGGCUUAACAGAAAUCCAGGUACCAAUAACUUUCAUGCUUGAAAUUUUAAAAUUACUAUGUUUGGUAAGGAAUAAUUAAGUACUCAUUAAUAAUUUAACUAAUUUAGCCUACAUACAUAAAUAAAUAUAUUUUAAUGGCAUUUUUAAGAACUUAAAUAAUUCCUCAAUAAUUGCUUCAUUCUUACAUCUGCUUCAAAAUAACGUCUAAUACGAAUUAUUUGACACAGUGUUCACGAAAGAAAAGCAAGACACGAAAUCUGUGAUACAAUUUUACUGUUUCAAUAUCAUUACAAAAUCGAUUCACAAUUUAAAUAAAAACGCUUAAAUAUGUUCUUGUACAAAAACACUUUUAAAAAUAAUGAAGAUAUUUUUUUCUCUCUUUGCUUGAGUUAUUACUGAUAAGUACUGAAUUACUAUAUGAUCGAAUAUCAUGUAAAUUAACGUUGACAUUAAUUUGAAGGCAUUGGAAACUAUAUUAACAGAAAGCUCAGAUUGACAUUAUGAAAAAUUAAAUUUUGAGUAUAACAUAGUUUUCUUAAUUGACUCUUCAUUGUAUCUUUCUUAGCUGUGAUGACCUUAAAUGUUUUUCACCAAAAAAAAUUCUAUACUGUCUAGCAAUUACUGUCCAAUUGAUAUUGUAGUUCCCGCUUGUAACACUAAUUUGAACUUUUGGUAUUUUAACUUCACAAAUCUUCACAAAUCAUCUAAUUUUCACUUAUUCUAUUUUCUAUACUCCAUUUAAAUUAUUUUCUAAUUAAAUCACGUGUACGGUUUUUACUGAUAUACGUGUAAGUCCAACUUUAUUUUUUUAACUCUUACAACUAUUUGAGUUUUGUGCAGUUUAUGUAAUUCAUGUAUUAAAUAAUCGAUACUAUAACUGUAAGUUUGUCAGAUUAAAAUAGAAAUAUUGUACUAAAAUACUGAAUUAAGCUUUAACUGUUUCUAAAACUAUUGCAUUUAUCUGGUUUUUCUUGCAAGCCACAGAUAUAAUAUAUAACUUGAUUUUAAAGUUUGUUUUAAUUAACUUUCAUAGUCUAUAACUAUAUAAUUCAGUCCUUCCAAAUUAUGUAUAGAAAGUUUGGUAUUUAAAUGUGAUUAACAACCGCACGAAUUGUGUGUGGUGAAUUAAAUUUUGUUAUAAACUCAUAAUAUUUCAAAUAUUUUCAGUCAUAUUUCAAAAUUUUUGUGAUUUUUAUUGAUAUCAAAACUGAUCUCUUCAUAACUAAAGAAUAGUCAUACUAUUUUGUUCUAAUUUACGUUACAUUUUAUAUAAAAUAGCUUGAAUAUUUAGUUCCUUUUUUAUGUUAUUUAAGAUUUAUUAUUUCUUUGAAAAUCAAGGAAAUUUUAAAUGCUUUUUUGUUAUAUUAUGUGUCUGUAAAAAUUUUAUUGAAAAGAAACGAAUUAUAUUUUAAGCCUUAAUUAAGUUUUAUGUACUGACAAUUAGGCUUUAUAGCAAACAAUGGCUGCUUUUUGCUCUAUCUUAUGAAUACUUUCUUACUCUGAUUUUAUUAAAAAGCUUCGCCAAAUCUACUGUUGUAGUGAAAUAUUUCUAAAACAUUCAGGUUAAGAUAUGUAACUGGCGGCAUUUAUUCCCUUGUGACUGUAUUGAAAAAGCGUAGCUUGUAAUUGCUAAUGCUAUAUCAAAUUUUCAUUGCUGUGUACUCCUGCAUUGCUGUAUUACCAAACUUAAGUGUACCAAAUAAAUAAAAUUACCUUUCUUACAAAA